AUGCCGCUUUUGCAUCAGGAUAACAACCGCGGGGGCGGCGGCUCGAGGGAGAACCGCCGCUCGCUAGCAGAGUUCUUAGGGCUGGAUACCUCGCAACUUGCGGAGGCUGCGACUCCCACUACAAACAGAGAGGGUGAAAAUGAAUGGCGCUGGGAAAACCCGAGCAGCCCGGAGGCGACACAAACUGUUGCGUUUCACGGAUACGGAGAUGGAAUGCGUUCAAGCGGUUGGGGAGACGAGGACAGGAGGCAGCAAAAUGCUCCUUCCUUAGAGCCCCUCCAGGCGGGUGGUCCGGGCGGCUCAAAGGCUCGUGUCCUGGAGCCCCGCAGCCCCGCGGCCGCUCAGUCUCCCUGUACACUAGUGCCGCCCGCCUGCUUCCCUCCACGACAUCCUAUAGCCUACGCCAGCUACAGUGAAAGCGCUCGUCCCGGCGGUUGGGGCGAAGACCAGACUGAUCAUGGGAUAACAGAUCUCGUGACUUCUUUAAAGGCAAUGGCGAUGCCUCCUACAGCGACUAGGAGUAAAUCUUUCCACUUGAAGCGACUUAGUUGUGACGCGCUAGAAACGGUGGAGUCGCCCUGGCCACCUGAGGGAGCGCACGCUCAGCCACAUGAGGAGGCUCGCAUCGCACGGCGGGCGUCUUUUUGUGGUGUGAUGUCUAACGUCCGUACAGAGGGUUGUGUGAGGUGGCACGGCGCCCUGCCGGCCCGGGGCGGAGGCUCUGACGCGGGCUACUCGAACAAACUGUUCCUGGGAGGCCUACCGUAUGACAUCACGGAGCAGGCUCUCAUGCACGCUCUCAGACACUUCCAACCUGUACGCGUGGAGUGGCCGGGUCGCGGCGCGGGCUCGGCUCGCGGGUGCGCGUACGUGACGCUGGAGGGCGAGCGUCGCGUGCGGGCGCUGCUGGGCGCGUGUAGGAGGGACGGACCCGACUGGUACUACCGACUGGCGACACGGAACAUGCGGACCAAGGAGGUCCAAGUGAUCCCGUGGUGUGUGAGUGACUCCAACUGGGUGUCGGCGGGCGGCGCGGCGGGCUCGGUGCGCCUGGAGCCCGGCCGCACGGUGUUCGUGGGCGCGCUGCACGGCAUGCUGUCCGCCGCGGGGCUCGCUACCAUCAUGAACGAUCUGUUCUCCGGAGUUAUAUACGCUGGUAUCGACACUGACAAAAAUAAGUACCCCAUCGGGUCGGGGCGAGUGACCUUUAACAACGUACGGUCAUACGUGAGGGCCAUCUCCGCCGCCUACGUCGAGAUAUGUACCGACAAGUUUACUAAGAAGGUGCAGGUGGACCCUUACCUCGAGGACUCGAUGUGUUCCGUAUGCAACAUACAGCAGGGACCGUACUUCUGUCGCGAGCCAGUUUGCUUUAGAUACUUCUGCCGCUCGUGCUGGGCGGCAGCGCACGCGGCGGAGCAGCACAAGCCGCUGAUGAGGAACUGUAAGAGCGCCGUGCUGCCGCCCGCCGCCGCGCAGCACACGAGCAGCGCCCGGGGCGGGGACGGAGGGUUUAACGGCUUCGGGAAUGUAUCUCACGAUGCGGCCCCUUCUCCCGCCACCAGCGGCAGCGGCUCAGCUUGCGCGGAGGACGCGCCUCACGACUGGCUGUCUCGCUAG